UGUUUAAAAAAAUAUAACAAAGAGAGGGCUAAAAGUGAAAAAAACAUGCGAUUGAAAUUAUUGCUGGACUGAUGAGGGUUUACUCGAUUAGUCGUUUUGGGUCCCAGUGGAACCAGAAGGGCAAGUUAAGACUGCUCUCUCUUCUAGUCUAGGUCCGCUGCUUUCUCAACAGAACCGAAGGAAGUAACCUCUUUGGGAACAAGUAAAGAAAAGAAAAUGGGAGAAGAGAGAGAAGAUCCGCAGAAGCUGAAGAGAAUAUCGGCGGCUGCCUACGAUUACGAGAACGAUCCCAGAUGGCCAGAUUAUUGGUCCAAUAUCUUGAUUCCUCCUCACAUGGCUUCUCGCGCUGAUGUUGUUGAUCACUUUAAGCGCAAGUUCUACCAGCGCUAUAUCGAUCCUGAUCUUGUGGUAGAGGCAAUGUCGUCAAGCAUGCCAUCACAAUCAGCAAGACCAUCUGCUUCAUCGUCAACCUCAUCAUCAGCAGCAAAUAAUGAAGCUCAAGGACGCAAUGCAGGUUCAACCACUAGAAGUCCAGGGGCAUCAGCAGCUGCAGGUUCAAAUACAGCUUCUGUGCGUUGGGAUCGGCAAACAAUACAAUUUUCUGUCAAUGCUUGGGUUUUUAUUGUGGCUGUGCUUGCCCUCUUUCCUCUUGUUCCUUUAAGUCUUUUGAAUAGGGCUUAUCGGCUGUCGUUUCUGGGCACUGCUCUUUCCUCUCUAUACUCUUUGUAUGCACUAUAUGGGAGACCAAGGGCAUGGAAUUUGCAGGCUGUUCAAGUGUAUUUUCAGUCAAUAAUUGCAACCAAAGAUUUUAUCUACUUUAUAUACUGCCUUAUAUUUGUCACUUCACAUCUUUGCCUUAAAUUUGCUUUGAUUCCCAUUUUAUGCCGAGCACUUGAACAUGUUGCAAGGUUCUUAAGGCGUAACUUCAAUCGUUCUAUCUUGUACAGGAAGUAUUUGGAAUAUCCUUGUGUGUGGGUAGAUUCAAACACUACUACACUGAGCAUACUCUCCGCACAUGCUGAGAUUGGACUUGGCUUCCUUCUAAUUGUUUCCUUGUUCUCGUGGCAACGGAAUAUCAUACAGACUUUCAUGUACUGGCAGCUAUUGAAGCUUAUGUACCAUGCUCCGGUUACUGCUGGUUGUCACCAAAGUGUUUGGUCAAAGAUUGGGAGGACAGUUAAUCCUCUUGUCCAGCGCUACGCACCAUUUUUGAACACUCCGGUUUCUGCAAUUCAGCGAUGGUGGCUCAGGUAGAAGACGAAAAUGAAUGAUAUAUAGAAGGAGAUGAAUUAUUCUACAUUAAGUUUAGUUUGCAUCUCCUUUUACAAUAAAAAACUGAUUUGUUAUAGAUGAAGUAGCCAUCUUGACCGUAGAUGGAUACACUAUUCAGCUAAUUACAGCCUUUUCUCUCAUUCUUCUCUUCUUCUCCACCUUACAGGCUUGUGUUAGUAAUUUUUUUUCUUUUUCUAUUUAAUUUUAUGUUCUUAAAAACGUUUUACAUUUUUACACGUGUCAUGGGUAAAAGCUCUAAAGUAAUAUACAAUAGAAUUUCAGUUCUUUUUUGGGUAGAUUGCCUUCUUUCAGCAUAUGCCAUUUUCUUUGAAGCUUAACUUGAAGACUAAUGCUAUUUUAAAUUUGAUGAAACCUUAUACGGCAAUAUCCCAACUUCAUAGAACUGUAUUUGCGCUUUUGGUGUUUUUGAUGUGGUUGGAAUUGAGUUUUAUGGCAGCAACGGUAACUUUAGUGGUAACAAAAAUUAUUUCUACUCAAAUCGAUUCUAUUCAAAACUAGUACCUUUUAAUGUAUUUUAUU